AUGAAGUCUACACUCAUUAUCUCUGCUGCUGGCCUGGCUGCGGCUUCAGUGUCCCUUGAUGGUGCUGUUUACACCGGCAAAUCUACUCACUAUGGCGGAAACCUGAACGGCGGAGCUUGCUCCUUCAACACCUACACCUUGCCCUCUGGCAUCUGGGGCACUGCUUAUUCUGGACAGGUCUGGGAUAGCUCUGCUGCCUGCGGUUCUUGUGUGGAGGUCACUGGACCUAACGGCAACACCAUCACUGCCAUGGUCGUCGACAAGUGCCCCGAAUGUGACCAGGGCCACUUGGAUCUGUUCAUCAACGCCUUCGCCGAGCUUGGAAACACUGGUGAUGGCAUCAUCUCCACUUCGUACAAGUUCGUCAAGUGUCCCAUCACCACGCCCCUCACCCUCCGCAACAAGGAGGGCACCUCCAAGUAUUGGUUCGCGAUGCAGGUCGUCAACUCGAACGAGCCCGUGGAGAGUCUCGAAGUCAGCACCGACGGAGGCAGCACCUGGUCCAAGACUGAGCGCCAGGACUACAACUUCUUCCAAAACGCUAGCGGUUUCGGCAGUGACACCGUUGACGUGCGUGUCACCAGCACCCUGGGCAACGUCGUAACCGUCAAGAACGUCAGCAUUGCCGCCCUCUCCGAGACCAAGGCCUCGUCCAACUUUUCGGGAUCUUCCAACGCGACGCCCGACACCGCCUCCUCCUCCUCUUCAUCGGCUGCAGCAGCUCCCUCGUCCUCCGCGGCGGCUUCGUCUGCUGCUUCCUCGGUUGCCUCCUCGGCCACCUCUGCUGCUGCCACCUCAUCCACUGCUGGCUCCGAGCCUCAGUCCUCGCUCUUCUCCCAGGUUCCCGACGCAACCACCACUGCGCCAGCUUCCUCCCAAGCCCAGCCCACCGCCAGCUCCUCUGCUGCCCCCACCUCCACCACACGCCCCAAGUGCAAGCGUUCCAAGAACAAGAGAUCCAAGCGCUCGGUCCGCCGUGACCUCUAG